AUCAACAUGGGAGGACGCGUAGUGCCCAUCGUGGUUCAGAAAGAAGGAUCUCGAGAGUUCGGACUCAACGAAGAGGCCCUCAUGAGCGUCUUACACAGACCUGAAGUGCGCGAUACUGCCCUCUGCGUGGUGUCUAUUGCAGGGGCUUUCAGGAAGGGCAAGAGCUUCUUCAUGAAUUGUCUCCUGAAAUACUGCAUGAAUAAAGACUCACCAGACUGGCUGGGUGAGCAAUUGCAGUCAAUUGGAGGCUUCGUAUGGAGGGCAGGUAUGGAGAGAGAGACCACCGGAAUUUCUAUCUGGAGCGAGCCUUUCCUCUUCACUAAAUCAACGGGCGAAAAAGUUGCUGUGAUCCUUAUGGACACCCAAGGCACCUUCGAUUUGGAAACGUCGGCACAGGAAUCCACGUUCAUAUUCGCCCUGACUCUGCUGGCCUCUUCUGUCACCGUCUACAACCUGAUGAACCAGAUUCAGGAGGACGACCUCAUGAACCUCCAAACUUUCAGCUCGUAUGGCGUCUUGGCUCAGGAAAAUAGUCAAGGCACGCGUUCAUUUCAGAAGCUGAUGUUCCUCGUGCGCGACUGGAGUCAUCCUACCACCCAUGCGUACGGUCACAAGGGAGGCCAAGUGGUGCUGGAAAAAGUGUUAAACGUAAAGGAGGAACAAGAGCCGGCGCACCAGAGGUUGAGACAAGGCCUCCGUCAGAGUUUUGAGGAGCUUGAGUGCUACCUCAUGCCUCAUAUUGGCCUUAGCGCCUCGCAGGACCCCAACUUCAAGGGGCAACUGGAACAGUUACAUCCGUUAUUCGUGGAGCACCUGAAGCUGCUGGUGCCUCGCCUGCUGGCGCCUGAGAACCUCGUGGUGAAGCGAUCAUGUGUGACGCUGGGGAAGCCCGCCACGGCAGACGAGCUGGUAGAGCUGUGCAGAACCUUCAUAAAAUUCUUCAAUAACGAAAAUCUGGUCCAGGCUACAAGCAUGGUUGAGCUGAUGUCAAGUAUGGCAAGCGAGGCAGCUCGCAUCAGGGCCCUUGAGGCCUACAGAGAAGCCAUGGACUUGAUAAUCAAGCCCGAUGUGGAAGAUCCUCAAGCGGCAGUUCUGGUUGAACACCACUUCGAGUCAAGCAAAAAAGCCCUUUCAGUUUACGCCAAGGAUAACCCGUACGCCAAAAACUGCGCCGUAUUCCCAAUUGCUGAUGAAAUAAGAGAAAAACUCAAGUCGGAAAUGGAAGAGAUGUUCGUGGUCACCAUCAGGACCAAUGGAGAAGAGCAGAAGGCGCGCUCAAGCUGCGCUGCCGCCAGCAAAAAAGCUAAGAAAGCCUACAAGAAGGCCAUGUCCCCAAUAAACAGCCUCACUGGAGACGUUCUUGGCGCUUCCAGUGUUCUGAAACUUCACUCAGAUUCAAAGGACCAAGCCAUGACAGCCUACGAUGAGGAAACCAAAAACAUCGUCAAGACAGAACUGUUAUCUCUUCGAAAUGAAAUUAGAGCUCAGCUUGAGGAGGAAAUUGAUCACAGCAUCGAGUCUUAUGUCGAGAUGGAUGAACGUAAACAUAGAGCGCGCACGUUAAGCAACGCGGCCUACAACAAGGCCCUGCAAAUGUAUGAGGAAGCUAUGGAUAAAGUGACGAGCUUCGAUCAAGAACCACUCGACGUUUCCUCCCUGAAUAAGAAGCACUUAACAUCAAAAGACGAAGCCAUUGCAGCCUACCAGCGGGAACACCAAAACAGCGAGAGCAUCAACCUAAUUCCUGUUGUGAAUGAAAUGAAAUGGCAACUUGAGAGGACUAUCGACAUAAAGUACGCAAGCUACAGCGAAAGUAAUGCGCGUAACUCGGACGCGCACUCAUGCAGCAAAGUGGCUCAAUGCCAAUCGCUGGCUUCUUACAAGGAAAAAAUUGACUCUAUAAUCCAUCCCAACAUCGAUUACGUGGACUUCACAUUCUUAGAAAAUCAACACUUGGCAGCAAAGACACAAACUUGCGCUCUUUACGACGAAGGAAACAGAUACACCAUCAACAGAGAAGAGUUCCCUGUUGUCAAUAAACUCAGAGCUCUACUUGUGAAAGAUAUCAACGAGAAGUACGCCCACUGCGUCAAAUUGAAUGGCCAUGCUCAGCAGGUGUGGUCAUGCAGCGAAGAGGCCUACAAGGAAGCUCUCACUUCCUAUACAGAUAACAUUUCCAAUGCCCACCCCACAACAUCAUCCCGCGAUAUUUCCGAAUUAGAUAAGAGUCACCAUAAGUUCAAGAAUGAAGCCCUCUGUUUUUACACUGAGAAGAACAAAGGAAAAGAAAAUAUUCCGGUUGUGAUGAAAUUCAAAGCCAAACUUGAGAAAGAGAUCGAGAAGCGUUACAACGACACGCUUUCGGAUAUCCUGGAUGAAUCAGAAUGGGGUUUGGCUGCGGCAACUGUUAAAGUUAUUAGCUAUUUCCCAGGUGCUAAAAGAGCAAUGGCCAAGGAGACAAAAGUUUUUGACGGAAACCAGGAAAGCAAUCAAGAAAACAAAGAUGACAAUACUAAAUUCGGUUCGGCGUGCAGGAUGUUACUCGCUGUUCGGCACGAGAACGUGACAGCAAAUCUGUCAAAAUUUGACAGCAAAAAUUUGAUAGAAAAAUCUGACAGCAAAAAUUUUCUAAUCUGAAAUACCGUGUCUAAUCUGAAAUACCGUAUCUGAAAUACUUUAAUGCCUAAAGUUUCCAACCUGAAAUAAGGUAAUGCUGAAUAGGCAUAAAGCUUCUAACCUAAAAUACGGUAAUGCCGAAUAAUCGUAAAAUUUCUAACCUGAAAUGCGGUAAUGCCGAAUAAUCGUAAAGUUAUUUACCUGAAAUAAGUUAAUGCCAACUAAUCAAAAAUUUUCUAACCUGAAAUAGGGUAAUGCCGAAUAAUCGUAAAAUUUCUAACAUGAAAUACGGUAGUGCCGAAUAAUCGUUAAGUUUCUAACCUGAAAUACGGUAAUGCCAAAUAAUCGUAAAGUUUCUAACAUGAAAUAAGGCAAGGCCAAAUAAUCGCAAAGUUUCUAACAUGAAAUACGGCAAUGCCGAAUGAUCUCUCAGGAAAUUUAAAAGCGAAGAAAACACCACAAAAAUUUAGCAUAUC